AUGCCUUUCACUCAUAAGCCUCAGGCAGCUUCCAAAAAGCAGCCACCCAUGGAUGGUUCAACAAACGCCUUUGGGGGUGAUGUUGUUUCCACCAGCGAUGUUGGUUCAUCAAACCCGAUAUCCGCCGGCUUCUUCCGGAUCGAAAAGGGAGAGCCAUGUGUUUUCACGUAUGAGUUUGACGAGGCGAAAUACUUCACUGAGGGACAAUGCCAAGUUGAGGAUGAGACUGGCGCGAAGGUCGUCGCCAAAGCAGGCGAUGUCAUGCUUUUCACCAAGGGAUCGACCAUUUCAUUUUCAACGGACACCUACGCUCUGGCAUUUUUUUGCGACCAGAGGGCGAAGUUGUAA